AUGGAAGCUAUAGUUGGAGGAGCUGUAGCUGGAAAAAUUUGCGAGAUGACUCUUCAGAUGACAGUUCAAAAGUUAUUCGCACAGAUAAGCCUUGUCACAAACUUCCAGAAAGACUUUGAAUGGUUGAAGAGAGACCUUGGAUAUAUGAAGGGAUUUCUCAAGGAUGCCGAGCAACAGUGCAGACAAAAGGAGAGUGUGAGGCAAUGGUUACAAGAUGUUCGAGACAUUGCCCUACGUGCAGAGGACAUAUUAGAGCGAUGUACUAAACAACCUCUCUACACUAGCAGACUUAAAUCUGUUUUCACUGGUAAUCACAUGGGUUUUCGUUACAAAUAUUCACGAAAAAUCAUUAAGAUCAAAGCUAGAAUUAAGCUCCUUAUUGAGGAGGGAAGGCAAUUAAAGGUUGCUUAUGAUGAUUCGUCCGGAGAAGAAGCAUCAAGCAGCACUUUACGAAGAGCAUACUCAAAGAGAUCAAGUAUUGUGCCAAUAGAUUCACAUCCAGUGGGUAUAGAGGCCAAGGUUGAGCACUUGGUAAGCUUGUUAGAGAGGCCUGCAGUUUCUGUUAUAGCCGUCGUUGGAAUGGGCGGCGUAGGGAAGACUUAUCUUCUCCAACAUGUCUACAGUGUGGAUCAAAUUCAAGGAGUAUCUGAAGAAAGAGCAGAGGAAUUGAUUAAUGCCCACUUGAAAGAGAAAAAGAUUGUAAUUGUUCUGGAUGAUGUGUGGAAACCCAUCAAAGAGGGCAAUUUGAUAAAGAGACUUGGUUUGACAAUUGGGCAAAACUGCAAACUUGUGAUCACAACUAGAAACAGAGAAGUUUGCAGAAAUGUGAAGGCAGAAAUUUAUGAGAUGGAGAUGGAAAGUUUGAGUGAAGAAGACAGCUGGAAACUGUUUUGUAUUUAUGGGUUUCCAGAGUAUGAGGGAAACAGAGCACCCAAGCACCUUCUGGAUGCAGCCCGCAAUAUUGCAAAGGAAUGUGGAAACCUGCCGAUGGCCAUCAAGACAACUGCAGCAUCUCUGGCAGGCUUCACACUCCGAAGGAAAUGGGACUCCAAAUUAAGUCAGCUGAAAGAGGUAUCUACUCUCAAUAAACCCUUGGAAGCCCUCAAAUUGAGCUAUGAUUGCUUGCCUGCACAUCUUAAGGCUUGUUUUGCUUAUCUGUCUUUCUUCCCUAAGGAUGAGAAAAUAGACUGUGAGUACCUGGUAAAUCUUUGGAUAGCAGAAGGUUUCAUUCCAGACGGAAAAGACCAGUGGGAUAUUGGAUGGAAUUGUUUAUAUGAGUUUGCCAAACUUUCUUUAGUUGAAAUAGUGGAAGAAGAAUGGGAGGGAUCAGAUCAUGAUUAUGAUAUUCAAGUUGAACUUGAAGUCAAAAAAUAUUGCAGAGUUCAUGAUUUAUUUUUUGAUUUGGCGGUGUAUAUAUCUAAAGAAAACAAAUGUGCUUUCAAAGUUGAAAACGCUUUCAAAGAAUCCCCUGCCAGGAACAACAGUGUUGAUUGGUGCAGGGUUUUGUUGCCCAAGAAAUGGAUAGAUGAUAAGGUCCUGCUAAAAAGCCGCCUUGCAUUUUCUCCCAAACUUCUCCGGACAUUAUCAUUGUCUGACAAUCGCAUAGUUAACAUCCCCCGCAAAAUUUUAAUGAAUAUGAAAGUACUGCGGGUUCUUGACUUGAGCAGGAAUGACAUCAGUACAUUGCCUGAUUGUGUUGAAGAUAUGAAGCUUCUCAAAAUACCAGUGUGGAUAGGUAAACUGAAAUGUCUUCAGCAUAUCAAUACACUGCAAUCUCCUUUCAUUAAUACUUUGCCAAAAGGAAUUUUAAAUCUCAAGUCUCUCCGGACACUCAGAUCUCGUCGCUUGCGCCUCUCUGUCAGAAAUGACUCAGAGUUGAAGUUACAGGAUGUUUGUAGUAUGUUUCAGCUGCAAGAAUUAAGCAUAUGCCUUGACACAGAAUCGCAAUUACAAAGUAUAGAAAAAGGGAUUUUGGGGCAGUUGGAAAGGAUGCGCCAUCUCACUGUUGAGAAUUGUCUUCCAUUGUCUGCUCGCCCGUUUCCGGAGAAACUGAAGAUUAUGAGCCCGUUUCCGGAGAAACUGAAGAUUAUGAGAGAUCUUGAAACAUUACAGCUACACAAAUUUGCUGUGACAAGUAGUUUACGCAGUUUUGUGGAUCUUAGGGAACUCAGGUUACAAAGAUGUCAUUGGAAUAGUUAUCCAGAAUUCCAGAAAAUGCCAAACUUAAUGAGUUUGCAGUUGGAUAGUAACAGAAGCUGCACAGAGAUACCAGCGGCUUUUGGAAAGUCGGGCGGGUUUCCAAAACUUCGGUUCUUGCUGAUUAGAGAUUUCCCUGGACUGGACGACUUUCCUGAAUUGGAAGAUGGAGCCAUGCCACACCUCGAGGUUUUUAAGCUACACAGGUGUCACAAUCUGAGCGAAUUAAGGGGAUUGGAGAAAUUGAAAAUGCUCAAGGAGUUCAACUAUUAUCGUUCAUUUGGAUUAGGGUUAAGACUACAGGAAGGAGGGCAAGAUUGGCGAGAAGUUAAAGCCCGUAAUCCGCAGGUAAUCAUCACCGACAGGUACAGGCGUUACGUUUAA